AUGGCCGAUGACGUCGUCGCUUGCAGCUACCGCCUCUGCGCGGUGUGCGGCCAGCUCUUCCACGACAGCUACAUCCGGUCCAACAAGCCCGACGGCUCCAAAGUCCUCAAGUGCUUUCCGCACUGUUGCCCCGAGCACUCGCGCCGCCGGUCGUGCGGCACACACCUCGAGCUCCUCGUGCACAGCGACAGCGCCGACAUCUGCGUCUUUGCGCGGUUCGAGGCCUCGCUGUUCACGGCCACGCUCGCCCUCGGCGACUCCGUCCCGUUCCUCGCCGGCAACGUUCGCACCAAGGAGCACACGCGCGGCGAGUGGAUUGCCUGCCAUCGCGACGCGAGCGAAACGCCGACGAUGCCCGUGGUCUGCAUUAUCAACCGUAAUGCACUCGAGGCCGAGUGGGCGUACGGGUGGACGGGCAGCGCGCGCGUUGUCGACCGCCAGUCCACCCACCAUCUUGUGACCUAUGUGUUUCGGUGCAGCCUCGAGACACCGCGCCUUGUUGUCAUCGGCGUCGCUCGAUCGCCGCCGUUUACCAUCACGUCGGCUCGCCGCGCGUCGGCCGCAGCCAGUGUCGCGUGGGACGACCUCGAAGCGUCGAAUGCCCUCUCGCCUUCGUCGGGACUAACGGCAUUUGACUUUGCGCCGUGCAGCUGCGGCACCCACGACCUCUUUUCGGCGACGUACUACCGGUAG